AUGGUAUUCUCUUUCUUUCCUUCCUCAGUUGAUGGGUGCAUCGACUGGUCAGUGGAUCUCAAGGAGUACCAUGUUCUGGCCGGUGAGCCGGUAAGGGUAAAAUGUGCCUUGUUCUACAGCUAUAUCCGGACCAACUACACCAUGGCUACCAACGCCAAACUGCGUCUCAUCUGGUACAAGAACAAAGGGGACGCUGAGGAGCCCAUCAUCUUCUCAGGCCAUAGGCUGAGUAAAGAAGAUGACUCCAUCUGGUUCAGGUCUGCUGAAAUGGAAGACAAUGGUUUCUACACCUGUGUAUUAAGAAACUCCACAUAUUGCAUGAAGGUGUCUAUGUCCAUGACUGUGGAGGAGAGUGAUGAAGGGAAAUGCUUCAGCAGCAACAUCCGCUAUCUAGAGAAAGCCGAGAUUACCCACAGCAAAAUGAUCACAUGUCGUGAUAUAGAUGAUUAUUUGGCUCCAUACAAACAACCUCAAAUGACCUGGUACAAGGAGUGCGAGCAGGUUGAAUGGAGAAGCUCAAUUAUCGUCAACAACACACACAUCUGGAUCCCUGAGGUGGAGGAGGAAGAUGGGGGGAAUUACACCUGUGAGUUGCAGUAUGGAUCCAGACUGGUGCGCAGGACAACACAGCUCAAAGUCACAGCUCUCCAGACCACCCAGCCACCUAAAGUGCUUUUCCCACCGGAGAGACAAGACACAGUGAUAGAGAUCACACCCGGUAUGCCUCUCAGUCUGGACUGCAAAGCAUUUUUUGGCUACAGUGGAGAAAACAGGAGACCCAUCAUCUACUGGAUGAAAGGAGAGAAGUUUGUUGAAGAACUUGCAGGACAUAUUAAAGAAAGUGAUGUCAGGAUUUUAAGGGAGCAUUUGGGAGAAAAGGAAGUGCAGCUAUCUUUAACUUUUGAUGCUAUCGAGGAGACUGACCUGGCUAAUUACACCUGCUACGUGGAGAACCACAUCGGACGGCGUCGUGGGAGUGCUAUACUGCAGAAGAAAGAUAUGUAUCGUCUGGAGUUGGCUGGUGGUCUGGGUGUCAUAUUGCUGCUGCUAGGAGUCCUAACAGCGCUUUAUAAAUGUUACAACCUGGAAAUUAUGCUGUGCUACAGGAGACAUUUUGGCAGUGAUGAAACUGAAGAUGAUAACAAGGAGUAUGAUGCCUAUCUCUCAUAUACCAAAGUGGAUCUGGACUCUUUGGGCAGAACCAGCAGCGAUGAGGAAACGUUUGCUUUGGAGAUCUUGCCUGAUGUCUUGGAGAAACACUAUGGAUACAAGCUGUUUCUACCAAACAGAGAUCUCAUUCCGAGCAGUACAUACAUUGAGGACCUAGCUCGUAGUGUGCUGCAGAGCAGACGUUUGAUCAUUGUUUUGACACCAGAGUUUGUGGCCAAGAGAGGUUGGAGCAUCUUUCAGAUCGAAACACGCCUCCACUCCAUGCUGGUAACUGGAGAAAUCAAGGUAAUCAUGAUAGAAUGUGCAGAUCUGAAAAGUGUGAUCAACUAUCAAGAUGUAGAAGCACUUAAACAUACAAUCAAGGUUUUAUCCAUCAUCAAAUGGAGGGGUCCAAAGAGUAAUGAAUUGUCAUCGAAGUUUUGGAAACAGGUGGUCUAUGAGAUGCCUGCUAAACGAAGAGAGACUUUGUCUAGACGUCAGGUGAUGGACUCGGGUGAGCAGGGCCUCUUUGGAGACCUACAGACAUCCGUUUCCACCAUUGCCAUGACAACCACCUCAGCAUCCCUGGUGCCUCCAAGUGAGAAUCGGCAUGGACAUCAUCAGGUUUCCUUGGCAACAGAGAUCCCUGACUACAACCAGAUGACCUUGCCUGUCGGAGGGGGUCACAUGGCUACAACAGCCCAAAUGAGGCAUUUCUGCCGUAGCUACGAGUUUCACCUUCCCCCGCAGCCUCCUGCUCUGUCGCCUCCUCUCCCACCUCCAUCUACCAUGCAGUUCUCCACUCUGGGCCCUGGGGGGCGCCACGUCUACUGCAACAUCCCCAUGACACUUCUGAAUGGACAGGGGUUCAGGGCAGUUGACUGGGGAAGAAGAGGUUUCCCAGAGCAGCACACUUGGAAAGAAGCCCGAUCUUCACCUGAACAGCACCUUUGUCCCACUCACCAGCAGAGAACUAAGCUCUGAUAUCUGGUAGAAACAUUGCUCUGCUGAUACUGGAUUAAAGACUACUGGUUUACAAAGAAAUUCUAACUGACUUGGGACAACAGUUUUUGGUCCUUGUACAGACGCUGGUUGGGGUUUCUGAAUCCCACGUUGCAAACAAAAACUGCUUAAAUACUCAAAAACGCGUGGACUGGACAAUAUUUGGACUGCUUAUAGACCAUUACAGAUCAUUAAACUGAUUGUAGAUUUGUACUGAACCUCCCACUGAAUUAUAGACUGAUAUAAAAUGGUGAGUAGGAUUUAAAAGGACAUUUGUGCUUGCAAUACAAGUAGAUAUGCCACUGAAGAUAUGCAGCCUGAUAAGAAGCAUAGACAUGUUGGAUUUAUUGAUGUUUUGAACUGGAAAUGUUUUUGAGAAAGGUCCACAAUAUUUAAGCACUACAGUAUUUUGUUAUCCACUAGCCAUGGGGUUGUAUUAGGGCCACACUGAAAAAAAAAAAAAAAAAAGAAGAAGAAGUUACAAGACUCAAGUCAUAGGCAGUAAUAUUGUUAAUUCAAUGAGGAAAAAUAUCACACACUAAUGCGUAUUCUUGUCAUUCUACUACUAAAUUGGAAUUAACUAUAUUAUGUCCCUAUUAGCAUCACAUUUUCAUAUUUUGAUUUUAUUCUCAUCAUUUUCUUUUCUUUUUUUCAGUGUAGACCUAAUACAGUACUAGUGUUGGACAUUGGAAAAAAUGUUGGUCUAGACAUUGGAUGUUUUAUUUUUAUUAUUAUUAUUUUUUUAAUACCUUUGCAACUUGGAAUGUUUGGUUGUCCUUAGAAAAUGCUCAGGUCAUAAAAUGAUCUCAAACAAUAAUCUUGGGACACUAUUCCAUCCUAACAAUAGGUAAAUAUGUUAUGUUGGCUAUCAGACACUAAGAUUGUGGACUUCCACAAAAGAUUUCCAUUGAUAAAAUUAAGACAAAAAGGAUGACAACAACUGUAAAGCCAGUCCACAUGAUGCACAUGUAUGUAAAUUACAUCCAGAUUACAUAAUUGUUGAGGAAAGAUGUUAGCAAAGGAAAUGAGAAUCUACUUCAGUGUUCAGCUGGUUGAACUGGUGAAAAGAUGAACUGGAAAAACCUUUACCCCGAAUCAACAGGCCUAAAAUGCGUGGCUUUUUCUAUUUGCAUGAUCACUCAUUUAAAUAUUUAAAAAUAAAAUUUAAAAAAAAACAAUAGGUAGACUAAAUGAUGCAAUCAUUUGUCGCAGCCUCUUUUAACAUGGGGGAGGUCAUUAUUUGAUAGGGUAACAGAUAGAAAAAAAGGAGUGGUUCUCCUAAAUGUUCCAAUUUUGUAUUUAUUUUGUUUGGCUUUGUUGACAGUUUUAUCCCUCUUUAACUUUGGGGAGAGUUUUACCUGACUUAGUUUUAAAUGUUGGUCUGUUACAAUAAUCUGUACAGCUUCAAUAAUGUACACAUUUAUCUAUCCAGGAAUGAUUUCUUCCCUACAGUUUCUGUUUUGUGUCAUUUCGUUCCUCUUUCAAGAUGGGCUACCAACAGUCGACAGGGAGCACCAGUGUUGUUCUUUGUAAGCUUUAACAAAUAAGAAAGAUAAUUAUUCUUACCAUAAUAUUUAAGCAAAGAUAACUUGUUUUGAUUGAUUAUGCAAAAGUCAUUGUCUUUACAGUAAAAGAACCAAUGAAUUCUGGAUAUUUGAGAUGAUUUGAUACAAUAAUUAUCAUUGAGUUUUUGUGUCCAAUUGCAAUAUAAAGUUUAGUGGUGGUUUUGUAUGGGGUGCCGUUUGUAAAGCUGCUCACGCCAAAAAUAACAGCAACAUUUUGUCACAUUUAGCUUCAAAACGUGUUUAAAAAACAAACAUUUUCGAGUCACUUUUCUGCACAUUUAGAACAAUAUUUUUCUACUUUAGUUAAAUCCAAAUAUUAAA